UUCGCCUUUUUCAACACAUCCAUCCAUCACUGAAUCCGUCCUCUAACCCCAGGACUUGCCAACAAGUACCAGAUUUACCGAUUGGACUAACCCGAAAAGCGUUCACCAGCCAAUAAGAGACCGGUUAUCUGAGAUCGGGAUCAUGGUUUUCUCCGGCAAACCUUCACGAGCCUGCGAACCCUGUCGAGAGAAACGGAGAAAGUGUGACCUAAAGAAGCCUUCCUGUUCAACAUGUAUACGGAUGAAGAUUUCUUGUUUUGGAUAUCGAGACGUUCACUCAGUCAAGAUCAAGGAUCAAACCUCUGCUGUGAUACGGAGAGCGCAGCGCCAGAGAUGUGUGGACGCAAAAUCAGCCUCCGAAUCCAGCAGUCCUUUUGGCGAUUACAGCUCUCCAGAGCAUUCUAGUCAGCAUCAUGAUAUGGAGGUAGACUGUCUCCGAAUCUCAAGUCCUCCCGAAGAACUUGCACUUGGGUACUUCCUGUUCGUCUUCACACGAUCUGGUCCAUUCACAUACCUCCAUGAACACACAACUACUCUAGCCAUCGACGAUGACAUAAUACAGGCCAUCCACGCCCCGGCUCUUGCAUCCCUGGCUCUCGAACAUCGGCGAGGCGACCUACUGCGAGCAGCGCGUUACCACUACUCCAAAGCCUUGACUCGGACAAACCAAGAUCUAAGCGAUCCCCGAGUAGCCAUCCUUGACAAGACCCUUCUCCGUGUACUGUUGCUCUCAACCUUUGAGGGAUUGGUUUUCGAAGGCCGAGGCUCAACGAGGAACUGGGAACUCCACGUGCAAGGUUCAUUAAGACUCUUGGUAAUGCGAGGAAGGCAACAGUUCCAGACUGAAAUCGGGCGCAGACUGUUCCACCAUACCGCCAUCAAUGUUCUGACAAAUUGCAUAAUGCGAUCAAGUCCGAUAGCAGACGAUUUCUUGCGACUUUACGAGUACGCUACUUCCGGCCAGUCGGGACUCGAUGAAGCCAGGACUCGCAUGAUCGGAUUCGUCUGUCAGUUCGCCAGAAUGUCUGAUGCAAGAAAAGGCAUGUUGGCGACGGACUUUGUGAGGGAGUGCAUGGAGCUUGACAAAAAAGCUGCCGAGUUUAUCGAUGUAUUUUUCAAAGACUUGCCGUAUGAAGUCGUCGAUAUCACCUCCGAGGAAUACCGACAGAAUGCUCCUGGCACAGAGAUCUGCGCCUACAAGGACACUAUUCACAGAUACCAGUCUCAACAGUCAACACGUAUCUACAAUACCGCAAGGCUCAUGAGAUUGACAGUCAAAGAGUGGAUAUACAGCGUCUUCGAUAGGAAUCCCCAUGGAGUCAUCCUCAAUGAACCCAGCGAAGACGAUCCUCUGAGAGCAAGCUGGAACCAGCUUCCCAUCAAGGCCGCACUGCAAGCCAGCGAUGUAAUUGACGACAUGCUAGCUAGUGUUCCAUACUCACUAGAGCUGUUGAAUACACCGUUCCGAACGGCUUCGCGAUAUGUGGUCUGGCCACUUGCAAACGCUGCAGGAUCCGAAGUUUGCCCUCCGCCUGCGAGGCUGUACAUCAUCGAUAGGCUGAAGGAGCUGGCUGUCAAAGCAAACCUUGACCAGGCUAUGCAGGCGGCGAAUAUGUUGGAGGAGAGAGUGCCGUUAGAGGACUGGCAAGUUAGCCUUGAUGGUGGAUGGUAUGUCGGUAUGCUAAUGACUAUUUGACAGGAUGCAUCUUCUUCAUCUCUCGUAAUGAGUGGACGACGAGGGAUUUCUCGUAAAGGAAACAAUAGAAGAAUUAUAAAGUUCCAUGUUACGGAAUCAGCCCACGUGGGCACUCGUGUAUAUUACAGAGUCAAUCUUAAAGGGUUCACGAAUACUCUGUUGCGCGCCCUUAUCAAAGACGUUACUGCAAGGAAUAAUUGCGCAAUUCGCAUCCGCAAGAGGAAUGCGUCUAGUUGUAAGCUACCGAGUAAUAGCCCUAUGGGUUUGGCUCAAUGAAUGAUCUAAUAAUGUCCUUCGACCCGAGUUGUAUCCACUACGGAGCCGCAUGUCGGACCCGUGUCAGUGGUUCCGCAGAGGCUAUGAUACAAUGUCAAACUCAAAGAUAGAGGUCAUUUAACACUCUUUUUCUAUUGAUAGUGUG